AUGGUCGUUGACGACCCUUCGCUCGGGGAGCAGAGGCUGUCAUCAUCCUGGCUUGCCUGCCUGCUUGCCUGCGGACCGACUGUGUGUGUGUAUGUCGGCGAUGUCGACAUUGGCGGCCGAAAUCGAUCCGAGAACCCAACGAACGACGAGGAGGAGCCCGACGAUUCACGGGGCAAUUGUCGGUCGUCGGCGAAUGUCGACGACGAGCAGUGCUGUGGUGGUGGUGCUCAGGUGCUCCCCAUGGGAAUUUUAACCUCAUCUCCUCUUCAUUACUGUAUUUUACGUGUGGGGAAAUUUUCAUUUCUGGACUCUGGGCUAGAUCAGGCCUGGGAUCAUAUAAACAUCGCUACUCCCACACAUCCCACUCGUCAGGGGGAGAAGAAAAAAAAAACAUUCGGCCUCGACGUGAUUCCCCGGCGUGUGACUCAUCCGCGAAUUGCAUCAUAUUCUGACGUGGACUACGACGAUUCGGAUGGUCGUUGA